CAUGCGCAGAACAGCAGAGUAAUUUGUUGAUACACUGCUCAGUAGUAUUCAUUUAGACUUUGGUAUUCCAAAGCCCACUUUAUUCCUGGUUUAUGGGUUUCAUUCGCAUUGGGCAGCACAGUUAACUAGAACGUUAUCUAUAUGAAGGGCUGAUGGAAGACACAAGGGAUUUGGCUGAACGCACAUCACGUCCAGAGCGUAAGCGGAGAGACUCGUUCGGGAUGUUCGAUGGUUAUGACAGCUGCAGCGAUGACUCCACCAGUAGCUCCAGCUCAGAUGACAGCGAGGAUGAAGUGGUGCCCUCCAUUCCUGCCAGUCUGCCUAUCAUCAAGAACAAUGGUCAAGUGUACACCUAUCCAGAUGGCAAGGCUGGAAUGGCUACGUGUGAGAUGUGCGGGAUGGUCGGAGUACGAGAUGCAUUUUACUCCAAAACCAAGCGCUUCUGCAGUGUGUCGUGUUCUAGAAGUUAUUCCUCAAACUCCAAAAAAGCAAGCAUUUUGGCACGGCUGCAGGGCAAACCACCAACAAAAAAGGCAAAAGUCUUACAGAAGCAACCUCUAAUGGCCAAGUUGGCAGCUUAUGCCCAGUACCAAGCAAGUCAGCAGAACCAGGCCAAAUCAAAAGCUGUGGUCAUUGCAGAGAGCUUUGACUGGGGUCGGUAUAUUUGUAGCAAUAACACAAUCGGCGCUCCAGUCAGCUGCUUCAAACACGCCCCUAUGGGGUUAUGCUGGGAAGAUGUACAAGAAGGUGUUAGGAUUGAAGUUCUCAACUCUGAUACCAAUCUUUCCACUAAGGUCUACUGGAUAGCAGAAAUCAUUAAGCUUGCAGGGUUCAAGGCUCUCUUACGGUAUGAGGGCUUUGACAGCGACACCAGUAAAGACUUUUGGUGUAACCUGUGUAUCCCUGAGAUACAUCAGGUGGGAUGGUGUGCGUCUAAUGGCAAACCCCUUGUACCUCCAAAAAGCAUACAGCAUAAGUACUCUAACUGGAAAGCCUUUCUUGUGAAGCGUCUCACUGGAGCUAAAACACUGCCACCAGAAUUUAAUGACAAGGUACAUGAGAAUUUGCAGUUCCCCUUUAAGAAGCUCAUGCGGGUGGAGGUGGUGGAUAAAAACUACCUGUGCCGGACACGGGUGGCACUAGUGGAGCAGAUUAUUGGAGGUCGCCUCAGGCUGGUCUAUGAGGAGAGCCAGGAUGGGUCAGAUGAUUUUUGGUGCCACAUGUAUAGCCCCCUAAUCCAUAAUAUCGGCUGGUCACGAAGCAUUGGACACCGCUUCAAAAGAUCUGAUGUCACAAAGAAAACCGACGGUCAAGUUGAUGCUCCAGCACAGCUCUUCCAAAAGGUAAGAGAAGUGGACCAGAAUAAGGACUGGUUUAAAGAUGGGAUGAAGUUAGAAGCCAUCGACCCCCUCAAUCUCUCAGCUAUAUGUGUAGCAACUGUAAGAAAGGUUUUGGCAGAUGGGUUCCUCAUGAUCGGGAUUGAUGGUUCCGAGGCAGUGGACGGUUCAGACUGGUUCUGCUACCAUGGCACCUCCCCCUCCAUCUUUCCUGCUGGCUUCUGUGAAAUCAACAACAUUGAACUCACACCCCCUAGAGGGUACACUAAACUGCCAUUUAAAUGGUUUGACUACCUCAGAGAAUCAGGUUCAAUAGCUGCUCCUGUCAAGCUAUUUAACAAGGAGGUUCCUAAUCAUGGCUUUCGACAAGGCAUGAAACUGGAGGCUGUUGACCUGAUGGAGCCGCGGCUGGUGUGUGUUGCCACAGUGACUAGGAUUGUGCACCGGCUACUGAGGAUCCACUUUGACGGCUGGGAAGACGAGUAUGACCAGUGGGUGGACUGUGAGUCACCUGACCUCUACCCUGUUGGAUGGUGUCAGCUGACAGGCUACCAGCUCCAACCUCCUGCUUCACAGAGUAGCAGGGACAUGCCUCCGUCUGUGCCCAAGCAGAAGAAAAAGGCUCAGCAGUACAAAGGCCAAAAGAAAAAGAGGAAGAUUCCUGUUGGUCGACGGCCCUUCAGUCAGGCAGGCAGGAGGAGGAGCAGCUUCUCGGGGGAUGAAGAGCAGAGUCCGCCCCCUUAUCCUGCCCAGGGGCGAGCUCGGCCCUGGCCCCGAACGCAUCUCCAUCAAACCCAUAAAACAGAGUCUCUUCUGCGAAUGAAGGAUGAGGCAGCGGAGGUGGACGAGUUUACCUUCUCACAAGGCACCUCUGAUCAGGAAAGCAAUGGCUCGGGCAGCUACUACAUCAAACAGGAGCCCUGAGGUCACAGAGUCAGGACAGAGCACGAGAACACAGGACAGGAUACACAUCUGGAAAGCCCCAGUAAGCAUCAGGAAUGUGGAGUAAGAGUAUCCUGGAAUCACACACUUAGACCAAUGCUACAAGUCUCCGCUGGAGUCCGUACAGGAAAUGGCAAUUGUGAGAACAAGGAAAGGAGUCAUGCUUCUGAAAAAGAAGCGUCCUUCUGAACUCUCUCUUGCCCUCGUAGCUGUGUGUGCUCAUACUCGCCCACCAAGGGCUCGGAGAACACCCUGGGUUGUGCCUCGGUCACAGAUAUUUGGGCAUUCACUUUUGCACCACCUGGAGGUGAUGCAGCGUUGGCUUUCCUCUCCAACCAGAUGAGAUAUUUGAUGGAUAACAAAAACAGCCCUCUUUCGCCAGAAAUGAGCGGUCCUGCAAGUCGACACAAGCCUAUCAAGCCUCUGCCAAAAUCUGGGCCACGCACAGAGACCUGUAGAAACUGUGACAACCAUUUAUUGAGCCAGGUCUUAAGUUUUUUUUUUUUUUUUUUUUUUGUUUUAGUUUGUUUUCAGGUUAUUAGUCAGCCACUGAACGGCCUGACGAGAGAAGGCUGGCUUAAACAGGAACACAGUUGUGUAUAUUCUAAUUCUGAACAAUAUUGCCGGGUGGACUUUUAUGUUGUUGAAAGUACUUGAAGUUUUUCUUUCUUUUGUAAUUAUGACGUUUUGUUUUUUGUCUUUAAUAUUUUUUUGCAUUUACACUUUUGGCUGGCUGUGUGAGAAACAUAAUGUGCAUAGUUUCAUAAAAGUGAUUAUAUUCAUAUAAGUGGAGACAUAUUCAAACAGGAUCACAUAGAAUAAAUCCAGGGUUUUUGAAGAUCCUAGCACAGUGCUGCUCACAAUUAUUGGUCAGUUGAGGAUUUACACAGCUGCAUUAAUUUCUGGUUCUAAUAUUACAGAUAAAGAGUUAAAUCCAUACUGCUGCUUUGCCUUUAGCCCAGUUCUCAUUAAACUCAGAGAAAUGAUACCCAUAGUUGAAGCGCAACCAAGUCUGCAACUGAAAUAUUAUUUUUGAAGGGAUGCAAAAAAUAUUUGCAGUAACUUUCUAAUUAAUACAUUCAAUUUCAAAAAUUGUCUUGUCAUUAAAACAGUAAAGUGGCAUAUGGACACUUUAGGAUCUACCCCGAAAUAAAACAGGUUUGCAGAUGUAAAUACAAAAUCUACAUUCCACAUUCCAUCAGACCUACAUUAAAUUGUAUAAAGUGGGUGUUGCAGCAUGUAUCUGGUUGAUAUUAUGGUUUUCAUUUCUAAAUUUCAGCUAGAGGUAGCUACAAAUCCCACAUAAACCACAAGCUUUAGCAACUGCUGCAGCAAAAACUCAGCAGUGCUACCGAGCCCUCAAUAAAGGACCAUGAAGAAAUGUGCUGUAAUGUUCAUGAAGCUAUACAAAGUUUUCCUUUAGAUCCUACUUUUAAAGAAAUAACGAGUAGCAACUUUAAAUAGUGAGUGUAAGUAAGCAGCAGUGUAUGUUGUGUAGAAGAGAAACCUUACUGGUAUUAUAGGGUCAACUCUGGCAUGUCUCUCCCAUUGUCCAACCCAAACAAUACAUACAUUGUACUUUCCAGAUUGGAUUUCAUUGCUGUCGGGGAGGAGCCUCAGCCGUGUGAAGCUGGCAACAACAACCGAUGUUGCACUCCAAGUGUCAGCCAAAGCACACUUUUUAUAGUCCUGUUUCUAACACGGACAUACUUUCAACAAUUAUCUUGAGCUAAAUGGCAGAAACACAGCAUCUGCGUUAUCCACAUUCAUAUUAGCUGGAUGGUGUCACUAUCCCUUUAAACAGUAAAGCAAAAACUUCAUGAGCAAAAUUAGCAAAUGUAAUGUUUUCCUGAUGGAUGACUGAAGUGAAUUCAGCACUUAAUGUGAUUUAACAGUGAAAACGUGGCACACUCAUCCCUCCACACACUCAGCACAUCAACAGCUAGUUUAAGCUCUUUGUUUUCAAAGAUACCGGGUUGGCUUCCUUAAACACUCUUAACCAAGCAAUUUUGUUGUCUGAAUGCAAUAAUGAAUGUGUUAAAUAUUUUAUUAGAAGUAAUAUGCAAAAAAAACUUUUUUGCUUCAGUCCAUCUUGUGUCAGAGCCAUAUGUAUGCAAGCUAGUUCACGAGUCACCUGAGCCGCAGAAAAACAAGUUUGUCAUUAAUAUUGAAACAUGAACAAUGCACUGCUUUUCCAAAAGUCUCUGAGGGCAGCAUUCUUAAAGGACAACCAGAGGUGGCAUAAAUACAUAGAUUCUAUACAUUAUAUAAACAAUAUAUAUAUAUAUAAAUAUAUAUGCCUCAUUAUUAUAAUGUUUCAGAGAAUUGUGAUAUUUCAGAUGCCAUGCCUGGCCGUGGAAAUAAUAAGAUUCCUCCUCUUUCAUUCUACAUAGAGCUAGAUUUUUGCAGCUGUUUAUCUACUACCUCCUGAUGCUAGCCAUGUUCAGCUAAAACAAGAGUGGGAAAUAGACUAUGGCAGUGUGUUAGCGUAUGCAAAUGAUUACCUAAAAAGCUCCAUAUUAAGACUAGACACCAAACAGAAGAAUGUUAUCACAGCACAUGAGGUAGUCUUCUAAUUUGAAUGAUAUGCAAUAGAAAGAAAUCCAAUAUUAUUUUGCUGUGUUAAAACAUAUAUUACCCACAAAUGUCAUGAUCACUACAUUAAUAUAAUUAAGAUGAGAGAUGAUUUAAAAAAAUGAUAUUGUAUUACUGUGAUUUUUCGUAAGGGUUCAUAUACAGAAAAUCUCACUGUAUGGCCAAAGGCUUGAAAUGCAGAGCAGAUGUUAACUUCUCAGUGACGGUAAAAGAUCUAUAACUUCUCUUUCUACCAGUAAGGUUCAUAAUUUAAUUCUCAGGAAAUAUGUGUGUCUUUUGUUUUGUAAAGCAAGUCAGAAAAUCAUCUGGGUUUCAAACAGCUGAAAGCAUGUUCAUUAUGUGCAUCAAUACCGUGGAAGCAAAAAAGUGCCAGAAUAACUGCCAUCAUAGGAGUGGCUGAAGAUUAUAUUUCCCCAAAAAAUGGCUAUUUGAUGCUUUGCAUAAAAAUAUUUUCUUAACGCAACUGCAUGUUUUUGAGUUGUAUUUACUCUCAAAAAGAUUUGCUUAUUUUCCACAAAAUAAUUAACUCUUUUGCUACUGUUGUUACUGCUACCGUAAUAUUUUAUUUGGAUACAAAAUUUCCAAAUCGUUAAAAAAAAUUUUCACAAUUAUGAUGAAAAAUAUAGUAGUAGUUACAUUACAUAAUCUGGUUUUCAGAUCCUUUUAUAAAAUUAUACUUAUUAUGGCACUUAUUUGCAUCUACGUCAUUUACACAAAGGUCUUAUUUCAACUAGCGUUUGUCUGUCUUCAUGUUAAAUUUAAUAUUUAAUACUUCCGUGAUUAAUUUCUCAUGCUCUGUUUAAUCUGCCUCCUAGUAGUUUAUUGUCCUGUGAGAUGUGUUUGUAGCAGUGUGUUUUUUUUUAAAUUCGUAUCCUGAUUUGAUUUGUUACGAUGCUCAACAAAAACUCAAGCUUCUAAGACCAAAUGAGCAUUAAAAGUGUCUCACAAUCAUUUGAAGCAGAUGGGUUUUAUAUUAGGAUCUGUCAUGAGUUAUUUUCCUUCUGAUGUCAGGAGGCAGAAUGAAGCAUUAAAAUACUCUUUAAGCAAAGUGAAUUAAUAUCUUAGUAUAACAAAUGGAAAAGGACUGUUCUAUAGACUAACUGCUGCUACCCUCCUUUAGAUGCUCCCUGAAUAGUCAAAUGCACAAUCAACACUGUUAUGGUUCUUCUGUUCCUCACUUCUUGUAGACAUUCAAAUUAAAUCUUUUCAACUUUAGCGCCAAUGUAAACAUGGAAUAUGUUUUGAAUUCCAAUCACUGGUAACCUAAAGGAUUGAUCAUCAGUCGCUGGAGAUAAAAGCAGUGUGGGAUUUGGUGCACUGAUAACGUGAGUGCAUGUAGAACAGAGCACAUUGUAUCGAUGUUGUGCUGGGCUUGUUUUUUGUUGUGACUGUCAUUGGUUGGUUUUCAUUUUGUCUGUGUUCUCUCCUUCUGUGUGUGAUCACAAACAUAUGGAAGCUCGUUUCCACUAAGAAAUAAAAAAGGUUGAUAGGCUUAUGUCAUGAAAUCAACAUUCUAAGCAGGAUUAUGAGAUACAAAGGCAAAAUAUUUGAGGUAAUAAGGAAUUUACUGUAGUUAUUUUCCUUUAAAAAAAUACUAUACUAAUGGAGCCUAAUGGCAAGAUUCUCCUCCAAAUCCCUUUUCUAUUAGAUAAUAAUGUUCAGUUUUUGCAUAAAUGUUAUAUUUGUUCACCUGUGUGGUUAAUGUUUGGAGUGUCACUUUGUGGCACGGCCUAACUGUAUUGAGUUUGCUUAUCCUGUUUCUGUCAAUGAAUCUAGGUUAAAUAACGCUGCCUUAUAUAAUGCAGUAUGUGUAAAUUGCAGCAAAAACUACAGCCUCAAGGAAUUAGGGUAGACUUGCAUGAAUAGUUUCCUAAAACAAGUGAUUAAAAAAACAACAUUAUCUUAUCUAUUAUUUUAACUUUAACUUAAUUUAAAUGAGAAUUUCUUUUUUGAAUUUAGCAACUUCAUAAUAUUCAAUUAUAUUAUUUGUCUUUUCAACUUUAGAUUUUUUUUCUGGUAGUGAUGAGCUUCCAUAGUUUGUGGUUUGUUUGUGGUUUAAGAAUUCUCUCUGGGCCAAUCUUUGUUCCAUCUGUUGUAGGCAGUGAUAAGAAGCUAUUGAUUUCUUCUUUGAAUACUAACACGGGUCUUUUGUAUGUGAUAACCCCCCACUUAUAUUUAACCAUUAUAUUGUGGUGCUAUAUAUAUAUUUGAUAAAAAUUACUUAUUGUAUUGGGAUUACUAUUGUCUGACAGUAAUUGUGAGUUAAGAGGGUAAUGGUGAAAAUUUUUUAUUUUGGAUACAAAUGAAAAAAAAUCUAUGUUAAUAGUUAUAAAUCUCUUGAUAUUAACACUGACCGUUGAGGUACAUUAUUAGAUUGCAGUUUAAAGUUUGUACAUCUUUUUGAUAGUGUAUACCAGUUUCCUUUCAUAUGGUAAAUUUGUGCUGUGAUCAAGCUUUGAUAGACUUUGUAAAUAAAGCCAAAUGUUUGGAUCAUAAUAGUGGUUGUAUUGGAUGGCUUCUUUGUUUACAAGCGUUGCAAACUGUUUCCGCAUGUCUGUGAAAGUUCAUCUGGUGAUUUUUGUAUGAUCUGACUUUUACACUGAAUAAAAAAAUGUAUGACUUCAAAUACUGAUA